UGGCGGAAUGGCGGGAGGAGGGCCGCCCGGCCUCGCUCCCGGCGGCGGCGGCGCGCAUUGAUGGCGGCGGGGGGAGUGGAAUUCCGUGCGCUAUCUGAUCCGACGCUGAGGUGCGAUCGGGAGAAUGUGUGAGUUUUCGCUUUCCUCCUCUUCGUCGCGCCUGGCAGGCAGGGAUUUCUCCUGGCGCGCGCUGCCCGAGCGAGGGCGAGUGCAGUGUGGGGGUCUGCGCAUGAUGGAUUUACGCAGCACAUUCGAUCGAUCGACAGGGAUUUCUUUCGGGGAAGGAGGGAAAGCGCGUAAUAGGGUUUAGCGGCCGUCGCGUCCGGACAGGGGUGCCGCAUUGAUAGAGGAUGCGUGUGGACUAACUGGUUGACGCCGACGAAGCUACAGUGUAGGGAAGAGCCGGGCCAAUUCUUCUAGAAAUGAGGUUUUUUCCAGGCACAGGUGUGAAGCAGAUGAUAGAUGGUCGGAGAAAAAACAAAGUUUUGCGAAUUCACGUGGAAGGAUUUUUUGUCGGUAGAAAUCAGCAAGAUCACCAGGAUUAGAAGUAGCAGCCGAAGCUGGAAGAGUUCUUGCAAGGAUUUUAGAUUUAAUACAGGAUUUAUCAUAGGUGGUCGGAGAGCGUAAACACGCGGAAGAAUAGAAGUAUGUCGAGACACAGAGUCUAGGUGGAAGAAGACGAACAACACAAAGAAGAAGAAGAAGAAGAAUGUUGGCGAGCGGUGUUUUUUCUCCUCGCCAUCGACAAGCAGAUUAGUGAAUCUGGAAGAGAUUUUCUCUAGGAGGACGCUCAAUGAGCGGCUCCGGAGGUUUGGAGGUAACUAUCAGGAAGAGACCUUGGAACCCGAGACGAAGCGAGCUUCUCAAGAUGCUGCUCUUCCUGGUUGUCUACAGCGAGCAGCAGCAGCAAGAAGAGGAGGAGUUUGAGAGGCGGUCCCGGCUGGAAUGGCAGAGAAUCGAAGAGGAGCACAAGAGACGCGUGGAGUUGAUGCUGGAUUACCACCGACAUCUACAGGAGGAGUACGCCGAGCUUGACGAGCUCGAGAGGCUGCGUUUGAAGCGGAGCCGGCUGGCGGUGGCCGCUGUUGGUGCCGCCAUCGCGACGCAGCAGAGCGUCCACCGCCGGCUGUGGGUGAAAUCACGCUCGCAGGCGUGGUGGGAGCGCUGCAAUCACCCGAGCUUUCCCGAGGCCGAGUUCCACCGCGCGUUUCGGAUGAGCAAGAGCACGUUUAACAUCAUCUGUGACCAGCUCGGCCUGGCGGUGGCCAAGGAGGACACGAUGCUCCGCCAGGCCAUCCCGGUGAGACAACGAGUAGCGGUUUGUAUCUGGCGGCUCGCCACCGGAGAGCCGCUGAGGCUCGUCUCCAAGCGAUUCGGACUCGGGAUAUCAACUUGUCACAAGCUGGUCCUCGAAGUUUGCGCUGCUAUCAACGACGUUCUUCUGUCCAAGUACGUCCAGUGGCCGACCGAGGAGCGCCUCCAGGCGGUGAUGGAGGAGUUCGAGGCCAUCUCCGGGAUUCCAAACCUGGUCGGGGCCAUGUACACGACGCACAUCCCGAUCAUCGCUCCAAAGAUGAACGUCGCGGCCUACUUCAACAAGCGGCACACGGACAGGAACCAGAAGACGUCCUACUCGAUCACCCUGCAAGGGGUGGUGGACAUCCACGGGAUUUUCACGGACCUCUCCAUCGGCUGGCCGGGUUCCAUGUCGGACGAGAGGAUCCUGGAGAAGUCCAACCUCGCGCAGCGAGCGGCGGAUGGCCUGCUAAACGGAGUUUGGGUCUCCGGAGGGCCUGGGUAUCCGCUACUCAGCUGGCUCUUGGUGCCUUACACGCAGCACAACCUCGGCUGGGCUCACCACGCUUUCAACGAGAAGCUGUCCGAGGUGCUCAAGAUCGCCAGGGACGCGUUUGGACGGCUCAAGGGACGCUGGAAGUUCUUGCAAAAGCGGACCGAGGUGAAGCUCCAGGAGCUCCCGGCGGUGCUGGGGGCAUGCAGCGUGCUCCACAACGUUUGCGAGCACCACAACGAGGGGUUUGACGAGGAGCUGGCGUACGAGGCCGUGGACGACUUGAUGUUCCCGGACAGUAGCAGCAGCGAUCCGGCCGCCGUCCAGGCCCGAGAUGCGAUCGCUCACAACUUGCUCCACAGCGGCGCAACGUUUUUGUGACGGGACUCGUGUCCUCCAGCGGCAGAUAUUCGUGUAGCAUGCGCUGACUUUAGAGCUAGAGAAUGAGGAAUACAGAUGCUCAAAACCGAUCUUCCGAGUGUACAUGUUGCGGCAAGCUCGCUUUAGCUCGAGUGCUUGUACAAUGUGAAACUGGGUUUUGCUCCAAAAGUUUUGAAAUCGUUGUAGAAGUUGGAGGUGCUAAUUCUUUUAAAGCUAGACAUUUUGUUUUUUAAGUAAGCUGUUCUAGGAUGGGGAUAUUUUCAAGAAUAUACUUGGUUUUAGGGUU